GCAAACGGCUCUCUUCUGCAGCUUCGCAGACAAAGCCAGCCACUUGUUAGCGGGAACUUCUCGGAAGACUUCUCGGAAGCAAGGCGGGAAUCCGCUCCAGGGACGCCGGCAACCACCCCUGACGGAAAGAGAGCUCAGCUCGGGGAUUUACACACCCCCAGCCAGGACUGGACCCAAGACUGAAAGAUUUCCUUCUGAUUUGCUUGGAUUCUGGUGGUGGAGCAAGAGAACUUGGACCACGAAGCUUUCCUGGGGUGAUUUCUGAUUGGGUUGUGUUUGUCUUUGGGGCAAAGGCGGGUAGUCUACCAGGGGCGCCCAGGCCAGGUUUGUCUGCAGCUGUCCAACCAUGCAGUUGGAUAACGUCAACCCCGGGAACCUCCACUCUUUCCAGGGUCACCGCGGAGUGACCAACAAGCCGAAUGUCAUCCUUCAAAUAGGGAAGUGCAGGGCUGAGAUGUUAGACCAUGUCAGGAGGACCCACCGCCACCUCCUGACCGAGGUGUCCAAACAGGUGGAGCGGGAGCUGAAGGGCUUGCAGAAGUCAGUGGGGAAACUCGAGAACAACCUCGAGGAUCACGUGCCCUCGGCGGCCGAGAACCAGAGGUGGAAGAAGUCCAUCAAGGCCUGCCUGUCUCGGUGCCAGGACACCAUCGCUCACCUGGAGAGGUGGGUCAAGAGGGAGAUGAACGUCUGGAAGGAAGUUUUCUUCCGCCUGGAGAAAUGGGCUGACCGGCUAGAGUCCGGAGGGGGGAAAUACUGCCACGGGGAUCAUCCCAGGCAGACUGUUUCUGUCGGGGUGGGAGGCCCAGAGAUCAACUCAAAUGAAGGGGAGAUUUAUGACUAUGCUCUGGACAUGAGCCAGAUGUAUGCCCUGACUCCUCCUCCAUCUGUCGAUGUCCCGGUGGUGCCUCAGCCUCAUGACACCUACCAGUGGAUCACUGUCUCAGAGGACACCCCACCUUCCCCGGUGGAGACCCAGAUUUUUGAAGACCCAAGAGAGUUCCUGACUCACUUGGAGGACUAUUUGAAACAGGUGGGCGGGACCGAGGAAUACUGGCUCUCUCAGAUCCAGAACCACAUGAAUGGCCCGGCCAAGAAAUGGUGGGAAUAUAAGCAGGACUCGGUCAAGAACUGGCUGGAGUUCAAGAAAGAGUUCUUGCAGUAUAGCGAAGGCACCCUGACCAGGGACGCCAUCAAACAAGAGCUAGAUCUACCCCAGAAGGAAGGAGAGCCGUUAGAUCAGUUUCUCUGGCGAAAGAGGGACCUGUAUCAGACCCUCUACAUUGAGGCUGAAGAGGAGGAGGUGAUCCAGUAUGUAGUUGGGACCCUCCAACCUAAACUGAAGCGCUUCCUAAGCCACCCUUACCCUAAAACUUUAGAACAGCUGAUCCAGAGGGGCAAGGAAGUUGAGGGCAGCCUAGAUAAUUCUGAAGAGCCCAGCCCACAGAGGACUCCGGAGCACCAGCUAGGGGACUCCAUAGAGAGCUUGCCUCCUUCUUCCACUGUUAGCCCAAACAGUGAUGGGACCCAACCAGAAAUGUCUCCUCUGCCAGCCACAGUGAUAUGAGCUUGAGACUUGAGGCAGUACAUAUUCCAUGGAAGGGAGUCAGUGGCUUAUUUACAGAGGUGGGUUCCUUUCAGCCGAGGCCACCAUGGGUCUGAGAAAGUUCUCAGUCCAAUGGCCCAUAGGAAGAGCACCAUUAUUUUUUGUUUGUGAGCAGACCAGAGCUCACCUGAAUAACUCGUGGUGGUUCAGACUGGAGAAUGAAGGAUACUCUGAGGAUUUUUUUUUCAAAACAGGAGCCAUUGCAAAAAAAAAUGGACAGUGUUCCAAAACCAGCCAAUCCUUGGUGGCAAAGGGCCACCAAGUCCCCUUGGGCAUGAGUUUCCAAGGUCUUGAGCUGGGCAAAACAUGGGAAGUUUCUUUCCAACAACCACUGGUUCUUUCCUCCAGCACUUUUCCUCCCAGGUAUUUCUCCCUCUUUCGAGAAAUGACCUGCGCUUAUCUCUGCUUGGGCUUUCACCAAUUCCGAGAAAGCUAGCUGCUUCCAUUUUUAUUUCAUCCUCUACCUUCCGAUAAUUGAGUGAGAAGGGAACUUCUUGGAAAGUUGGAAGGAUGACUUGAAAAAAAACUCCAUGAGGAGUCUCGAGCAUCAAAUGACAGUUGUUCUGGGUUCUUUUGUUUCCUUCCUAAGCGGGACUUUUGGGUUCUCCUUGGCCCUGACCUGAUUUCAAAGGUCUUCAGCUCCAGAAAAGUCCACAUUCAUUUCACGGUGGACCAGAGUGAAGCCUUAUCUCCUUACUAUCUAGGCUCAGGAACAGACAGUGGGAGAAGACCCCUAGGAGGCAGAGAGCAACAAAAAGGGAAAGAUUGGGAGGUGCUCUACAUUUGUACAGGGGUUGGAUUCCUAAAGUAUUGUAAGGGACGAGCAAAGGGGAUUUCAACUCUAUACAAACACAACUCAAUUCCAGAGAUCAGUCUGCUCCUAGCUCUGCUCCAGCGCAGAUCCACUAAGACAGAUGUUCAUUGAACGAAAACUCCGCUGAGUGUUUCAGUGCCAGAGAGCUUCUAAAAUUGCGAGGUCUUCGGCACAAGAGUCUUAGCAGCUGAGCCACCGGGACUGCUGACGGUCUUCCUCCAGGUAGCCUAGACUGGCUGCAUCAGGAAAUGCGAAAAGGAUGCUCGACCCCAAUUGCCUUCCUCGGGGCUGAGAAUCACAAGACCGGCGACGGAUGGGCUGUGAGAGACGUGGGAAAGAGCGCUGAAGCGAAAUCGGUGCUGGGAGAAGUUGGACGCUCCCCAGCGAUCUGGAACCUGGGAAGGAUCCCGCAUUGCCGAGCCCUCCUGACCCACAACGUGGAGAAGCGCAAAGGGGACGAGAGACGUCUCAGCAAGACCAUGUCUCAGCAAGUGAAGCAGCAACCACCAGCUUCGCAAGGCUUUCUGCAAACCUUUGGCGUGCAAGUCCUUCCCAAGGGUUACAGUGACUCAUCCCCGGCGGAGGCUGUGAGCAAAGCUCUUCUCAGAUUGCACAGAGGGUGCGGAUGGAGGCGGAAAGAGGCUCAGAGAAUCCCAGCGCCCGGCCGGGGGGACGGACGUCAGAACCCCCAAAGGCCGCAGCGGCUCCCGCGGAGAGACCGUCCAGCGAAGGGCAUUUUCCCCCCUUCUGCUGCUAGAAAGCCACCUCCUUUGAUUUCUGAGCCCCGGCUUUGGCGAGGAAGAAGCAACGAUACCUAAAGUGCUGCCCAGUAAGAUCAACCUCUGGAAGGUAAUGCCGUGCCAGCACAGCUAAGGGGACAGAGCAAAGGUCCCAAUGAAGAAACCACCAAGAACGCAACGAGAAGAACCUGAUAUUUGAAGGACUAUUUCCAAUACGCCCCAGACUCAGCGAACAGCAGCAGCCGUGUGAUAUUUGACGGGGAUGAUGGGGAGCAGGAAGGAAACUGAAGUAUUUGGGCUUCGGUUUUCCACUUGGCCAAGUCCUGCAGUGUUUGGGCUUCCAAAGUCAUCUCAGAAAGGGAAGCUGAUCAGCACGAGCAGAGAUCCGUCAAAGCAAGGACAUUCCUUCUCUGUUCUGGCUCUCCGAGGGGUCAGUCCCAACGUGGACUGAGAGCUCUCCUUCAUAUUCGACCAGGUUGGAACGGAGAGGGUUUGGGGGUUCAUUUUUUAUUUCUUCCAGACUGACCUGGUCUGAGGUGAGGGAGGCGUACGGACGUGUGCCAGUGAGCCAAACCCCGGUCGCUAUAUUACCACACUCUGCUGUACUGAAUGGGUUUUCGAACUCAGAACUAUGGAGGCCCUCCACCAAUAGAAGAAGGGCCAGUAGAGGACUUUGAUGUAUAAAAAACAAAGUGCUACCUAAUCGUCUUGGAGAACAUUUGGUGAAAGCCCUAGAGAUCCAAGUUAUCAUUUUCCCCAUCUCUACUUCCCCUCUAACGUUACUGACUUUAAGAGAGAUGGUGAUUCAUUAUGAGAGGCCUGGUUUCUUCUGGGGUUCUCCGAAGAACUUUCCCAUACUACUGCGGGACCUAUGGGGAUUUGAUCUCGAGUUCCCCCUGUUUAUGUAUCAUCAGUUCUCAUUGAGAGAUCUGGUGGUCUUUUUCUCCCGAGGGAGAACCGCUUGCGAUGGGCUGUGUUAUGUCACCUUUGUGAGCCCCCCCCCCCCCCACAAAACCACAAUCCUCUGCCUGUGUAUAAUAAGACUCCAGAAAAGUUGCUUUCUACUUCUGAUUGUAUUUCUUAUUACUGAAUCAUAUCGGUUCACUCAAAGCAGUUUUUUGAACCACUGUUGUAUUGAUAAAUGUCUCCUGUUUGCUCCGGCCAAUUUUGACUUGUAAAAAGCCGCUUAUCACUCGUGGUAUCAAACCGGUGGUGAAUCAUAACAGGCUGUGUCAGCCGACGCUAUCAACAUGUUGACAAAUGCCGUUCUUCGAUUGCAUAGCAAUUGUAGCAAAGUUUGUUCCUAGAGAGAAAACUUUGGCUUCGGUAGAUUUCUAUAAUAGAACAUUGCAGUAAAAUAAAAUAAAAUAAAUCCAUUUAAUAUCAU